AUGGCACGUAUCGCUUAAUCUCUCAACGCUUUUGAUUCACAAACGAUAACUGCUAGUGAUUAUCCUAUUCUGAAUUCUCGCUACUUGCUACUGUCGUGACAAUGUGAUACCGCAAGGCCGCAUGUAUCAAGUAGACGUGACGAUGUGCAAAAGAACUUUUAAUGACAUAUUCUUAUAAUCCGGAUAUACAUAUACGUGAAUUACAUGUGUGUGUGUGUGAUACACACACACACACACACAUAUAUCUGAUUAAAAGAAUCAAUCUCGACUUGGCGAGAAACUCACAUUUGUAAAAGCCAACUCUGAAUCUAAUUUUACUUUUUUACUGCUAUGUCAAGCAUAAUUUCAAUUACAUCGAUUAAAUCGAAAAUAGUACGUAUCAUUUAGAGUCACUAAAUUAUUUAUCACGAUUUAUCGACGAAUGUCACAUGGUCGUCGAUAAAUCAUUACAAUACUGUAUCGCUGCUACGAGAUAUGGAACUAAAAAUAAAACAUAACUACAUACGGUUUCAGACGGUAGCUUUACUUUGUAUCGCAACCAGAUGCGAAAUGCAGUUUACGAUAUAUUCCAAGAGAUUGGCUUCCGUGAUUUUUCGAGAAAUUGAAGCCGCAGGAGCGCGGGAUGUCUUGCACGGAUGUUCUUUCACGACACAACUGAGAAGCUGCGUUUCUUUCGUCGAGGAAUAAUUCAACGGCGCUUUUCCUUCGCUUCUUCUAAAGUUGUCCUCAACAGGUGGACACAACGCAACUCGCAGCUUAAUUUCAGAAAGCAUGGAAGACACGACGUAGCAUCCAGGUGCUUCUUGCUCAGCGAGAAGAUCGUUGAGGCACGUUGAGCAAUCACUCGGACGAGCCGAAGGUUCUGCUUUCGCGCAAAGGCCAUCGAGUGUAUAUGCCUCCGCUCCUUCUUCACGGCUCACCUUCUCCUACUCCAGAACCUGCAGGUCGCAGGUGUACGAGCCGGCUAUCCUCACUGCUUGGCCGCCGUGCCGCUUUCAGUCAGUGCCUGGUCGUCGCCGGGUUCAGCGGCUUUCUCGAUACUGCUUUUUGUGACGCGUCUGUGCGAUGAAAAUCUGCUUGGUACGGGCAAGAUUUAUCGUAUCUUAUCGUUAGCGCCGAUCAAUAAUUUCUUGCUCAUAAUGACGAGAUAAUCUUUGACGAGAUUACAGUGAUACUACAAGGAGUUUCUUCGAGUUUUCUGUAAUAGUAUUUUAUUUAUUGUAAUAGUAUUCGCUGUUGGGACAAAAAUUCGUAGAUGAGGUCGGAUCGUGUCAACGUGGUGCAUUUUAUUCGUGAAGUGAUUUGGAUGAUACCUUUUGUUAUUAACUCGGCAUUGGUGUGUUGGUGAAUGUGGAUUAUUCGUAUAUGUAUACGUAUUAUAUAUCUGAGUGUAACAUUUAUGUAAAAAACGAUUAAAGCUGAUUGUUUUUAUGCGGUAUUUUAUGCGGAGACGCGUAUUGACUCAUCGUACGUGAUCGAAAGAUCGAGGUAAUUGACCAACAAGCAGUGAACAAGCAGUGCAGGAACAAGCACUGAGGCUUCCACCCUAUUCAGGAAGUAUAGAAAUUCCAGUUGGAGCAAGUAGCACGAGUGAUACAAAAAUGCGGUGGUAUCAAGAGACCUAAGAAUAUACAUAUCGUCAAGACAUAUGUGGUUUGUUAGUAGAAACAUUGAGCAGACAUUAUUCAUACAAAAUUUUUUUGAAGAUCCACGUUGAGACAACGGCGAAAAUAUAACGCGACAUAUCGCUUGCCAAACGUAUCAUGUUACAUAAUUAAAACUCCGUAAACUCUGCUAUACGGUACAUUUUAAAUAUAAUCGAAAACUUUAUUUUAUAUAGUCUAGUGUUCUACUUUCUUCGGUUACUUGUGAUAUAUUGAAAUCAACGUUUCGAAAAAACUAUUCUUGCUUUUCGAAAUGGACACGAUGGCGCAUGCACCAUCACGAAGAAUCAUCGACUUUGCAUAUCAGUGAUAUCGUUAGUCAUCUCUUCGUCACAACACGACGUCGUUCUUCGAAGCAAACUUCUCGCUGUGAAAUUUCUGACGCGACUACCCGUGAGAGGAACGCAUCGCUUGUGGAUCUCCUCUUAAGUCCAGACGUUUAAUUAGCGUCCUCGAUCGUGUAGAAAGGAGGAACUAGCCUAGCCUUUCGACGAGCCGAUCGGAGAGAGAUCGAGCAGGAGCGAGAGGAUGUUGUUGAGGUAACACGACGUUUCGAGGCCGCACGAGAAGCACGAUAAUCGCAGCGCGCGCGACGCAGGACGCGGCGGAAGGGUGUCGAUCACAGCAGGCGCACAAAGGAAGGACUGAAAAGUGGCGGCAGGAUGGGCUUUCCCCGGAGAAGGUCUCUGUGGCUGAAGGUGGCGGUUCUGGCGGCCGCCGUGUGGGUGACCGUCUGUUUCCUGCUCUACACCGAGGAUCGGGCAGCGGCGGCCGCCGUUCAGGGUUUGGCGCCGUCGGGCGUCGCGGUGCCACAGCAAGCGGCGAACGGCUUUGUGCCGCCCGCGGCACCAUUCAGAAAAGAGACAUCCGGCAAUGUGCUUGGCAACAGGCCGAAGAUUAAUCAGGCUGGACCGGAGCAAGGUGGUGGAGUGCUGGCUAUACCACGGGAACCGGAUGCUGUCGCACCCGGCGAGAUGGGCAGACCCGUCAUAUUGCCGACCAAUAUGUCUGCGCAGACCAAGAAGUUGGUUGACGAUGGCUGGCUCAAUAACGCGUUUAAUCAGUAUGCCAGCGAUCUCAUCUCCGUGCACAGAUCCUUGCCCGACCCACGUGAUCAAUGGUGCAAAGAGCCUGGCAGGUAUUUGAAGGAUCUUCCACCAACAGCGGUGAUUAUUUGCUUCCACAACGAAGCCUGGUCCGUAUUGUUACGUACAGUGCACUCGGUGCUGGAUAGAUCGCCAGAGCAUCUGAUACAGGAGAUUAUUUUGGUCGAUGACUUCUCCGAUAUGCCUCAUCUAAAACGUCAGCUGGAGGACUAUAUGAUGAAUUAUCCGAAGGUGAGGAUUAUUCGGGCGAAUAAACGAGAGGGCCUUAUCAGGGCACGCCUGUUAGGCGCCGCGGCGGCCAAGGCGCCAGUACUUACGUAUCUAGACAGUCAUUGCGAGUGCACGGAGGGCUGGCUGGAACCUCUCCUGGAUCGGAUCGCACGCGAUCCGACAACGGUAGUUUGUCCGGUGAUCGAUGUUAUAGACGACACAACCCUGGAAUACCACUGGCGCGACUCGGGUGGCGUAAACGUCGGAGGAUUUGAUUGGAAUCUUCAGUUCAAUUGGCACGCGGUGCCAGAGAGGGAGAAAAAGAGGCACAAAAAUCCGGCCGAACCUGUUUGGUCACCAACGAUGGCAGGCGGACUCUUUUCGAUCGAUCGCGCCUUCUUCGAACGAAUCGGCACAUAUGACAGCGGCUUCGACAUUUGGGGUGGCGAGAAUCUUGAAUUGUCAUUUAAGAGUUGGAUGUGCGGAGGCACUCUGGAAAUCGUGCCGUGCUCGCACGUGGGUCACAUCUUUAGGAAACGCUCGCCCUACAAGUGGCGUAGUGGCGUGAACGUGCUCAAGAGGAACAGCAUAAGGCUGAGCGAAGUGUGGCUGGAUGAGUACGCCAAGUACUACUAUCAGAGGAUAGGUCACGAUAAAGGAAAUUACGGCGACGUAUCGGAGCGUAAAACCCUUAGGAAGAAACUGGGGUGCAAGUCGUUCAAGUGGUACCUGGACAACGUUUACCCGGAACUCUUCAUUCCGGGCGAAGCAGUCGCCUCAGGAGAGGUGCGAAACCUCGGUGAGGGCGGCAACACUUGCCUGGACUCACCCGCCCGUAAGGCCGACUUGCACAAACCGUGCGGACUGUAUCCCUGCCAUCGACAGGGCGGAAAUCAGUACUGGAUGCUCAGCAAGACGGGUGAGAUCCGUCGAGACGAGUCGUGCUUGGAUUACAGCGGCAGCGACGUCAUCCUCUAUCCUUGCCACGGUAGUAAAGGGAAUCAACAAUGGAUCUACAAUCCUCAGACUAAUCACAUCAGGCACGGCAGCAGCGACAAGUGUCUGGCGAUUACGGAGAGCAAGCAGCAACUAGUGAUGGAGGAAUGCUCGGCCAAUGCACCGAGACAGAGGUGGUCCUUCGAGAAUUACGACCCGUCGAAGCUGUGAUACCGCACCUCCUCGCGUCGUCAUUCGCACAAUCUCGGUCAGGGUUCCGAGCGCGCCGGAUCUUGGCUACCAGGGAAACGAUACUCGAUCGCCAAGACCCGUUUCGGCAGAUAAAUCUCCGCAAAUCCGAGAUCGCGCCGAGUCUCAAAGUUACUUCUGCGGAUCACUGCUCGAGAUCGCCUCGGGACGAUCCAGACGCGAAUGCUGCGCGAUUCCACGACGUUCGUCCGGGAACAACGAGAACGGAAAUUCAACGAGAUUCUUCCUACGACGAGAUCGGCGAAUGUGAUCGAUGACGACGCGGAAGAUCGUGAUGCAACGAAAUGUUCGCGAGGACGAUAUGCUUAGAGAAUUUUGUACUCGGAAUAUCGCAUUUAAUUAGAAUACUUUCUGAGCGUUGCGCACGAUUGUUUAUCGUCAUUGAUUUUUCUAAUUCUGAGUUCCAAGAGAUUCUAUUGCGAGAGAUUGAACCGUGAUGGGAUCGCGGACGAACGUGAUCGUAUCGACCAUCGAGUAGCUCUCGAUCGUCACUUUCGUUCGCUGAUCAUUGGCGCUUCCAAGAGUAUCAAGGAAGCGUGAUACUCGGUGCCAUCGCAGGAGCCACGUAUCGCACCGAUUCUUGCGAGUGCAUUUAAUUGUCGAUUGCAUUUAAUUUUAGACGACUAAGCGAAUUAUGUCUCCUUCUUUCUCUCUCGCGCGCGCUCUCUCGGCCUGUGGCGCCGAUCAUUUCAAGGAACAAACUCCAAAAUGUCUUCGAUAGAUCCGUACAAACGCAAUUUUAUUAUUUUCUAGAAAGUCAAGUGCCAAAUUUGAAAUAUUACCAUCCUAAGCUCUCGCGCUAAACACGAAUGGCGAUUCAAAUGGCGGACACGUAGCAACGUAAAAGGUAAACGUUUACUUGCGUGCACCGAAUGAUUUACGGAGAUCGUACCGAACAAUACCUGCACAGUCAUGCCUUUCUUUUCACUCUCGCAGUGUCAUGUGCGAGUUUGAAGGAAACGCGAGAGGAAUUACAACCGCAUCGUUCUCACAACGCAAUUCUCACAAAUAGCAUCUCGUAGUUGGAGAUGGUUUAUCAUCAACGGUUGUUCUUGCGUUUGUGUCGGUACUCGGAAAGUUCUCAAGAGACGAAACUGUCCGCAGCACGAAAUUGCCGACAGUGGAGAUGUAAACGAUCCUUUUUUUAUUAUUAUUAUUCAUCUCGCUGCGACGAGAUGUAUACAAUAUAUCCCUGUCGAUCAUUAACGUCAUUCCAUAUGAUAAUUAUGUGUCGCGUGCAGUCGCCGAUUUGGAUAUUCGCGAUGGCAUUCGUUGAUGGUAAUCUCUUUCUUGCCGCCUUUUGGAGAUGAACUUUGCAUUCCAGACUCGCCGAAAUGAUGAAACGAGUACGAAUAGUGGCGACAUUUCCAUUCGCGUACAAUACAAAACAUAUUUUUAUUUAAAAUUUAAUUUAGCUAUUGUUCAUAGAUCAGUAAGGGAGAGAAGAAGAGCGGUGGAACAUUCCGAAGGCACAGGCGAAUUGUCUGAUUUCGUUUGUACAUUCAUGUGAGCGUCUUGAUGCCAGUGCAGAAUAUAAGUACCGCCUAAGUAGGUUUAAAAGAGCGUCUAAGUAUAAGAGUACGAGCGUGUAUGAGUUAUUAAACCGCGGAUUGUCUUCGCUUUCGAUGAAACUCGCUAUCGCGAUCGCGACUUUGCGAUUAGUCGAAUGUGUAAAUCUGCUAACGAAUACUCGACGAGAGAAAGAAGUGGAGUACACUUUUAUAAGGAAAUGUGAGUCUUUUUCUAUAAUUGUAGCUACAUAUCAUUACAUAAACAUGACUGAGAAUCGGUAUAAAGAAAUCAUACAGUCUUCGUAUUGUAAUAGAGAUUUAAAACUAAAGUCGUCGAUAAUGAGUCUCUAUCUGUUAAUUACAUGUGUUGAGAAUCGCAAGACGUCUUUUUUCUAAGCACAUGAUUCAACGAUUCUAUCUUCAUUCGGUACUUUACAUCCUCACAUCUUACGAUCCGUAAGAAUGAUUUCUGCGUGCCAACGAAAUCGUAAAUGCUGUCACAUGUACCAAAACGCGUGGUAUCAUUGACGAUUAUUAAUUUUGUAAAGGCACUGCGUUAUAUUUUUAACUCCAUCAUGACAAAUCUUAUCAUAUCAUGUAAUUUUAUACAUAUCUUUCUCUUCUCCGAAAAUUCAGAUACUAUUUAUGGAUUUUUUUUCUGGAGAAAAUCAUAAAAAGGUAUACAUAUACUUCGUGUUAAAAUCGAUCGAAUAAGGUAUUUAGAAAUCAGGAAAUAGGUGUGAAAAACAGAAUGUGAAUGUGAAAUAACAGAAAUGGGUGUACGUUCGGAUUUGCGAUUUCGCGUGUAAUUAAUCGUGAACGAUAAUUAAAUAUAAAUGCGUUAAUGUAUGUUUAAUGGUGUAAGGGAAUCCGCAGAGGAAGGAAGCGAGCGAGCGAGUGAGUAAGUGAGUGAGUGAGUGAAUGAGUGAGGGAGAGAGAGAGAGAGAGAGAGAGAGAAGAGAGAAUAGUAAGCAGCGGGUUAACUCGUGUACGAAUGUGUGCUUAAUUAGAUACGACUAAUUAGCUGUUCUCGUCUUAGGACUAAUCAAGUUUCUCGAAGCCGCAGUUUUGUCAAGAUGCGAGAUACGAGAACACGUCGAAUAGUUCAGAGAGCGUGACUGUUCGCGGAUGGUCCCGCGCUAUCGCGAGGAUUCGUUUAGCGAUUUGCGAUUCUGGUGGUCGAUGCAAGUAUGUAUGUGCACGCGAAUGCAGAUGGACGAAGACCAUUUAUACAGAUUAUAUAUAUACGACAUUUUUUACAUUUGGUAAGGACAUUACAUAUAGUAAGAGGGGGGAAUAUGAUUGAUAGUAAUAAUAAUCGUGGAUAACGCAACCGCCGGGACAUUGUAUGUUCCCCGCGCACGGCACCCGUCGCGCGUUUAAUUAAUGUAAUAUCGAACGUGCCUUAUUUCGUGUAUAUAUGAAUAUUAUUAUCAUUAUUAUCAUUACUACGAACCUCUAUCAUAACGUGCAAGUAUUUGUGUUGAAUAAAUCGAUGUUGUUUUAUGUUA